UAUCGACACUAUUUUGAGUAUCUCAGUUGAAAUUAAGUGUUCGAAUACCAGUGUACCCUUGAUCUUGGAAACUGUUGUUUAUAAAAAUGUAUCAAAGGCCUAAAAACAUUCGUGAUAUUACUACGAUUUUAUAUAAGUUUAGAAACUGGCUGCUAAGUCAUGAUGAAUUCAGAACAGCACACAGAUAUGAUGGAUACAUUGCUAAAAGAACACAGCCAUUACCCAAUAUUCCUCCUGGUGUGUCAGAGAAGCUUUCAAAUAACUAUUACUUCACACGGGAUGGUCGCCGGCUAGUUCAACCACCAACAAAAAUAUAUGAUGCUGCACAGAAGCAAUUGGAAGGAGGCUCAACUCAAGUAUCUCUACCCAAGCCUGUAGUUCCUGGCAUCCCAUUCAACUGGACAAGUGGAAAGUUUGAGGAAUAUAAAUAAGCACUUUACUUAAUUAGUUUUUUCAAGAUUUCUUUGAAUCAGUGAAGACUUUGUUUGCAACUUUUUCAAAUAUAAACAUUUCUUUUAUGUAUGUUUAUUAAUAGGAAAACAUCUUUUUAUUAUCUUGUGAAAGUGUUUUUCACGUUGCAGAGAAGAAUAAAUAACUGUUUAUCUUGUUUAUCAUAAAUGUUUAGAAUAAAAAAAAGUUUGUAGAAAAGAAGCAUAGUGAGUGCUGAACAUUUUGGUUGCUACAAUUCUGCAUACAUGAGUUUGUUUUGUAUGGCUUUUGUGUUAACUUAUUGAGCCCAUGCAGAUAAAUCUGGUAAUAAAAGAGACAAAUUAUAA